AUGCCUAAAAAGUAUGGAACACUUUUGGAUUUUCGAAAAAUGUCUAUAGAAUAUGAUGGGCUUGAUCCUAGUAAUUAUGUCUCUCUUCUAUCAUAUUCCUGGGACGCUAUACUUAAAAUGACUGAAAAAAAGCCAAACAUGAAGGAAUAUCUAUGGCCUGUCAAAGAUACUUCCAAGCCAAUAAUCCUAAAAUAA